CUCUCUGCCUCUCAAGCGCGGCCACCACGGGCCCCACCGGGUCAGUGCCAGUCACAGAGCUGGUGCCCCAACCAACCGAAGGUUUGGCAGGUGUCCGGGGAAGAUCCACCACCCCAUACCACCGAGGAGAACAUUGAGGCCCAAGGAGGGAGGGGAGCAGGCCUUGUCCGGGCCCCAGCAGCAAGGCCUCCCACCAGCCUCUCUCCCACAGCCUGCCCACCUGAUGUCUGCCUGGACACUGCUUUUCCUGCUCUGCACCACGGCAGCUGCUACACAGGACUGCCCAGCCCCGUGCAGCUGCCAGUCCCUGGAAACCAUGGGGCUGCUUGUGGACUGUGAGGGGCGUGGGCUCACGGCCCUGCCUGCCCUGCCCAGCAGCACCCGCCACCUCCUGCUGGCCAACAACAGCCUGCGAUCCGUGCCCGCGGGUGCCUUUGACCACCUGCCCCAGCUGUGGAUCCUCGAUGUGUCGCAGAACCCCUGGCACUGUGACUGUGGCCUCACCUACCUGCGCCUCUGGCUGGAGGACCACAUGCCUGGCUCCCUGGCGGAUGUCCUCUGUGCCAGCCCAGCCCGUGCCGCCCACCUCCCACUGAACCAGCUGACAGGCUACCAGCUGGGAAACUGUGGCUGGCAGCUGCAGGCAUCCUGGGCCGGCCCUGGGCUCUGGUGGGACGUGGCAAUGGUGGCUGUGGCGAUUGUGGGCGUGGCUCUCCUGGCUGGCCUGCUCUGCACUGCCACUGAGUUCCUGGGUUAAAAUCAGGAGCCCAUCGUCACUCCCUGGCCCUGGGGAGCCCCCAGAGCCCAGCAACUCUGCUCACCCCAGACCAGCAGAAGCCCCUAAUAAACCAGCCACUAAGCAGUUUCA